CGCCGUGGAAAUUCCAGGUGCCGUUUUUCACGCUUUUCUCUGCACCAAAUUUUCCCGCCCUUGAGGAGGCUUGCUCAGGCUCAAGCUCAGGCUACUCUCGAGUUAAUUGUCUAAAUUAAUAAGUUUUCACUUUCCGAAAAAAACACCACCACCACCACUCACCCCAAAACAAAAACACAUUUACACAUAUUUAUAGCCCUGGAAAUAAUAAAAAAUAAGUAAAAAAACGUAAAAAAAAUCAACAAAUACGCAGAGAAAAUGUUAAAAAAAGCGAACAAAAUUGCACAGACUGUUGCACGGUUGCUGUUGUUGUUGCACUCGCAUUGAAUGCAGCGAAGCGUCAAUCAAUCAAUCAAUCGGGCGAGGCCUCAAGGAUAUCAGAUUGAGAGAGAGAGAGAAGCCAGGAUUAGACCAGUAUCCCUAGGAGUUGUAGGAGUCGCGAGUUUUGAAAAGAGUUUUUGGAAUCAUUUGGAUCCGAUUUGAAUUUCCAUUUUACUCAUAGUCUGUCUCCUCUUCUUUUCUUUUACCCUGUCCUUCCACCGCCUUCUUUCCCUACCCUUCAUCCUGCCCACGAUGGAUAUGGACGCACUUACUCCAGUUGGUUGGCGGCAUUGCGCUGCGACCAAAGGUAAAGGCAGCAUCACGGCCGGCAACGGAAACGGAAACGGAAACGCCGGCGGUACGGGUUGCAAGCAACAUGCGGCAAUGGCCCACCACCACCACCAUUAUCAAAUGCUUCUGCUACUGCUUGCCAUCAUGCUAGCCGCCCAGCUGCCACAGCCGGUGGCAACACGCUCCACCAGCAGCGGCGGACUAACCGUGAUCGAUGCCGCACGUCUUCAGGUGCGAACCACCACCUCGAGUACCAUCACCUCCAAUAGCAAUAGCAACAGCUCCGCCGCUUCCUCCGCCUCCUCCUCCUCAGGCUUGAGGAAGCGCCAUCGGAAGCGGAAUAGCAACUGGAUAGAUUAUCGCAAUUUUGAUGAGAACACCACCGCCCUGGAGUGGGCCAAUCCCUGUGGUGGCAACUAUCAUCCCUCGGCGGGAGAGCGUCUUAAACGCCUGCGUCCCAGGCAGAGCUUCAAUCAGCUGAAGCGACAUGCCUUUAGGGAGUACCGCAGUCUAAAUAGCAGCCAGGACUCGGCCAUUGAUAUACGCAACAUGACCAUGUGGUCCCUGCACACGCACAACUACAAGUUUCUGCCCAAGCUAAAGCCCAAUUCAACGAUUGCCCUGAAGCGCUGGUACCGCAACAUGCAAACAUAUGUGGCCAGCUUUGCCUAUCUGAGACGCCAGCAAAUCCGCUGGGAUCAACGCUCCAUCACCCGGGAAUCGAGCACUGCCCGGGAGCUCCGUGAGUUGCUCCUUAGCUCCCGGCGUAUCCUUUGCGAGCUGGAAACGGCCGUCAAUCAGACACAGAGUCCGCGUCACAUGCAAAAGCAGCGGCGAAGUGGUGGUGCCACAACGGUAGCAUCAUCAUCAUCAUCAUCAUCAUCGGGGUCUGCCGCUCCAUUGCCGCAAAUCUCCCGGCUGGAGAUGAACAAGCGCCUGAAGCUGCGCUCCAAGGCGGGCGGUGGACCAAGUGGAGCUAGUGGCUCCUCCAGUGCCGAUUCCAUUGACAUGCGUUUCGUGAAGCAUCAUUACUAUGACUUCCUGCGCACCAUGUGGCAGCUGUUGCGUCGCGAUGGCCAGCGUCGGCCCAGAAAGCAGCGAAAUCAUCAACGCAACCAACAUCAGUAUCAUCAUCAUCAACAUCAUCAACAUCAACAUCAUCAAAAUCAUCAACAUCAACAGCAGCAGACGGGGAAGCAGCAACACUCGCGGAAACAAAACCAGAAGAAACAGCAGCAUCAAUUGGAGCAGCGCUGGCGGAGCUCCGUGAACCCAGCCCUCAAUCGCAAGGAGUUCAACGAGGUGUCCAAGCCAAGUCCUAGUGCCUCGAAUUCUGGUACCGGUGCAACGGCGGCAGGAUCUUCUACGGUCGGUGCUGGAACCGGCGGUGGCAGAAGUGCCACCCGAAUGCGUGGCAAGCGCCAGUCGAGCGUGCAGCGCACGUGAGAGGUUGCAGCUUCUCCCAUCCUCAGGAUUACACACACAAACACAAACACAAACAAUCUCCUCCAAAUACACCCAUCCACAGAGCUCUCCCGCCAUUAAUUUAAACGUUAAUCGACCGAACGUAGGCUUAAGUAAAUUAUUCAAUUGCCAGCACCGAA